UGACGUCAUUCUGGCCCCACCCAAUUCCGGAAGACUUCAUUCAUUUUCAACGGAGAUCAACAACGUAUUUCUUUAAUGUUCACCAUGCCUGAAGUAAACUUUGAUUAGGUAUCUUACCAGAUUCAUUCGUAUUGUUUUUCAUGCUACGCUAGUUUAGUCAGGUGAAAGAGGAUGAACGUGUAUGUCUGACUGUUUUUCAGUCCAAAGCCUAAAGUGUGAGGAACAACAUGCCCAAUGAAUCUGACAAACCUGGGGAUGAGCAUGACAAGGGCACGGAGAAAAUGACAGAUUCUUCUGAACAGUCCCUUAGUAAGAGAGUCCGUAGAGGCACACCUAGUCCUCACAGAGGGAACGCCCCACAGUCCAGCCCACCGAGAUUUGUGUCGGCAGAGGAGCUUAUGGAGACGGCAAAAGGUGUGACUAACAUGGCGUUGGCUCAUGAAAUCGUACUGAACACAGACUUCCAGCUGAAGCCCUCUGAGCCGGCAGAAGGAAGUUUGGAAAAAAGAGUCAAGGAGAUUAUGCACAAAGCUUUCUGGGAUGUCCUGGAGGCACAACUGAGUGAGAACCCGCCGUCAUAUAAUCAUGCCAUAAAACUUCUGGCAGAGAUCAAAGAGACUCUGCUGUCCUUUCUGCUCCCGGGACAUGGGCGGCUGAGGGCCCAAAUUGAAGAGGUUCUAGACCUUCCUCUAAUCCGACAGCAGGCUGAAAACGGAGCUCUGGACAUUGAUAAGGUUGUUAUGUUUGUCAUUGGUAUGAUGGGUUCACUCUGCGCCCCAAGCCGGGACGAGGAAAUUGGAAAACUUAGAGAAAUCCGAGAUCUCGUGCCUCUAUUAAAGGCGAUUUUUCCGGUGAUGGAUCAAAUGAAGCUCGAUAUGGCAAAUUUUGCAGUCAGCAGCCUCCGACCCCAACUCUUGCAGCAAUCCGUUGAGUACGAACGGAAGAAAUUCCAGGAGUUUGUUGAAAAACAACCUAACGCCUUAGACUUCACUGAGAAGUGGCUUCAAGAGUCUGCAAAAUCUGUGUCCCGUGAAGGCCAGACAGGUGGGGCGGUUAGUUCACUCACUCCUCUCGCCGUGCACAACCAUGCUUACCUGCGUCUGCUGAAGUGGAACCACGCCUCCGAUCCAUUCCCUGAGACUCUUCUUAUGGACCAGUUGCGUUUCCAGGAGAUGCAGCAGGACCUGGAGCAGCUGGUUCUGAUGGCGUCUGUGCUACUCAUAGUGUACAACACCACGGGGGAGGCCAUCUCAGGCUUGCCGGGCCUUAUGAGCAGACUCAAGAGGAUAAUUGCGGUUCUGCUUGCAGAUAUGCACACACCAUCUUUCAGUGCAGAUGAAGCCUUUGCUACCAUUGGGGAGAGGAUGUGUGUGGAGCUAACUGGAUCUCUGUCUGAACAUGGCUUUUCCCCGUUCUCCAUCAACCGGUGGAGUAUUUUGAAAGGCCAGAUCUCUGCUGUCAUUCUCCCAGACAAUGUCAUCUGCAAGCUAAUAGACUCCCGCAUCAAGACAUACCUGCUUACUUUCCUGGAGUCGAAUCACAGGAGUGCUCCUAACUUGCCAGGGGGCCUAGCUCCAGUCCACAAAGAGCUGGAAGAGAUUGCCACAAAGUUUAGUCGUCUGGUCAACUUCAACAAGUUGGUUUAUUCCCCUUUCUACCAAAAGGUCUUACAGGAGAUUGUGCAACAAGGAGAAAGUUCUGACACCCAGGCUUAAACACGGAACUGUUAAAUAAAUUGGGAUCACUUUAGUCUUUCCAUGCUUAACCAUUGUAUGGCUAUAGGUACUGUAAUAAUAAUGCCAAUAUUGUACAAUUCCAGUAUUAAUUAAUAUCAAAACGUUUAAACAAGCUCUGUUGCAUUCACUUGUUCCUUAAUUGAUGAUGGGUGCAUCACAUCGUUUUCUGGGUCCGUACAUCGACCACAGGUAAAAAGGGUUUAAUGUGUGUAUUUAAGGGAAUUUCUUUGAUAGCAUCUGAUUUGGAAACUGAAUACUUGUGAAUUAAAUUGGUUUGCAGUCAUUUACAACAAGAUGUAUGAUGUAUUCCCAAAGUAGGGUACCUAAGGAAUAAUUCCGGGCAAAAGAAAUAUGGUAUGUUUACACACCAGUAAUUUGUUCAAAAGACCUAAACAAUUGUAGUCUAUUGAAACACAGAGCACUGAAUCGCCGUUCCAAAACCACCUGCACACCUGACCCUUAUUUUGAUUAGGAUGGUGAUUGGAGGUGGUCUGUCUGGAACAGGGUAAGCUAAUUUAUGCAAGGUGAGAACAUGUUUUGAUGUGUUUUUAGAGGACCGUUGCAGUUGCUGAGGGGUCAAAGUGAGAGCUUAGAGAUUUUUUUUUAAAUGUAUUUUUACUUAGCUAGCAUUUUUGUUUUACUAAACGCGUCAAUGACGCAUUGGCACCUCGCAGACAUGCCAGCUGUAGAUUAUUUUGUAAUUGUUUAAACCAUUUUAACGUUCACAAUAGAGGAAUGGUAAUACUGAACAAUACACCAUGUUUUUAAAAGCUCUGUUUGCUUUUUGGCUUACUGAGUGUUGCAGCAAAACCUGUCAUGCAUACAAAUAUGUAUAUACUUAUUCCAAGCAAAACUGUCUCACCUUGGAUGUAUUGUUACAUAGUGUUGUCACUACAUAUUAGUGUGAUGCUGUUAUCACCUAUGAAUAAAGCAAUGUUUUAAGCUCUUCAACAUUCAAA